CGACAAACGCACUUGGCACGGUCAGUCGCGGCCGAGCCGCGCCGCGCGACGAGCUCCGAUUUGACGUUUCUCUCCUCGUCGGCUCGUCGAGCAACUCGCCCGUGCGCGAAGCGACGCGCAGCUCGUCAUUUUCUCUGAUCUCGCGCGACUCUCGACUCGGAAAAUGGGAAGGCCGACGUGAAAUCAUCUCGUCACCGACCUCUGUCGCCGUCUGUCCGUCAUCUCGUAGCCCGCGUCAUCUCUUCGGAGCGCAUUCUCCAAGCGCGCCGGUCCCUCGAGAGAGAGGCACCAUCGGAGACUCGACGCUCCUGAUUCGGGGCCAAGGACGCUCCCGUCAAAUACAACGACGCAAGUGGAAGGCGGCACAGACGGCUGUCAAAUCGUGAGAGACCAUAGGAAGGAAGGCACGCAAAUUCAUUCGACCAUGGCGAGCCUCGCGAGUAGCUCGUCGUCGGCGGGUCUGACGAGGGCCCCGACGAUGUUGGAGCAGCUACUCGAGGAAAUCAAUUUUCAGAGGACGAAGGAGCUCAGACAGAUGCUCAAGGAUGACUCUGGGUUUGUUGUACUUCAAGGCACAACCUACUGGACGGACCUGUUUGUUCGGCACUUCCUGUUUCAAGCGGAGCACGCUAUCGACGGCGACGACCUGCUCUUCUUCGUUCGCAAGAAACAUGUGAAGACCUCGUCGAGAUAUCUGCCCAAAUUCGAAACCGAGGUCGACGUAUUUCGUAAGGACAGCAAAAAACUGCCGAUCGGCGAUCCCGACAUCGAUUGGGAAGAAACCGUGUACCUGAAUCUCGUCGUUCAUCAGUUCGACUACACGCUCACCUUGGCGAUCUGUACGAGAACGAGCCCCAAGGAAUUGCAAGUUUUGCGAAGGCAUUCUCAGAAAGUAUACGCCAGUCCGAGUCGACGGCGUAUGGACGCCAAGGGCGACCUCGAGGAAAUGACAUACCCGCACAUAUGCUUCAUGGUGGACAAUUUCGACGAAGUUUUCUGUGAUAUUUUAGUCAGGGACGGGGAGAUGGUAUGCGUGGAACUAGUCGCUUCCGAUCGAGAAGGUGCCAUCCAGGGUGUCAUUUUUCUCGGCUCAAUCAGAUAUGACGCUUUAAAAAAGGUUUACGACGCGAGGUCGAGCCUGAGCACUAAAAUGGCGCAGCGAAUGACAUUCGGCCUCUUCUCCGGCGCGGCCUCGCAAAGAAUAGAAUUUGUGCGAAUGAAGGGACCACGUGGUAAAGGGCACGCGGAGAUGGCCGUGACGAAACCGAAGGGUUCCGGCGCGGAAACCCCGACGUCCGAGCCGGGUUACUGCGCGACCGAUUUGUGGGACGCCGACUGGGACGAUGCCGAGGAGCUCUUCAUGUAUCGCCAUCAACGAAGACUGUCCGAUCCCAGUGCGAAUCUCAACAAUUUCGUGCGCGGCGGCUGGAGAACGAAACCGGAUACGGUGGCCACGAAGGCGAGAUCGGAGAACGAGGGUCUCGAUUCCAUGGCGAAUGGUCUCAACGAGAUCGAAGCCGGUGACGUUCGAGAUGCCGAUGUACAGGAUAGCAGCUGGGGCGGCCGGGGCUCACCGGGAACUCGCAGGAGUCCCUGCACGCCUCGUCGACGAAGAUCGUCUCAUCUGUCGCCGAUCCGGCAACAGCAACAACAACAACAACAACAACAUCAUCAUCCCGUCCACAACAAGCAACGACAACUUAACGCUCGGGAACGUUCCGGGACGAAUGAGAACUCGCCGAUACGCAAGGAGGCGAUCUAUCGCGAGACACACGGUUUCCACCGCAAUCACCGUCAGCGCAACAAUCAUCAUCGGCAAAACCACCAGCACCAACACAUAGAAGUGGGCAGCGAGAUCUUAGUGCCGGCCGGCCGGUGCCUGACGGACGACAACGUCCGGCAGAAGCUAGACUCGGGCGCGAUUUUGGUCCACGGCAAGGAGGAACUGCCGCUGGGCUACGACGCGGCGGAGGACAAUAACCGGAAACGACGGCCGUACAGCGCCGGCCACCUGUUCAAUCAUCACAACGGACUGGAGACCGACGACGAGGAGCAUCGGCGGCUGAGCGACGACGAGCUCCUGCGGGUAAGACGGAGUCGGUUACGGAGCGUCGGUUCCGAUCACGAGGACUACAACGGAACGCCGAACAACAAGAACAAGAACGACGAGAUCAGGGACAAAAACGCGAACGCCCAUCAGCAAGACGCGACGCGUCCCAACAAUGAUGUCACGUCCGCGCGCCGCCAGAGCGCCACCCUGCCUCGAAGACGACGUCGAAGGGCGCUCUCGGGCAGCUUCGCGGGUAACCCUCUGCCACCGCAUCGUGUCACACCUGAUGGAACCGCGAUCUACUACUGGUGCGAGCUCCCGCGCCGCCCCGGCUCACAGGAGCUGGAUGACGGGGCGUAUAAUCCGCUCUGGACGAUGCGAGGUUUUACCCAAACCUUUCAUUUCUGGAAAGAGACGAAGAGAGCGCAAUCUGUACCUCUAAAUGCUUUUUUGACAUACAUUACAUUGCCAUGGUGGAGUAUAGCCAAAGAUAUUUUGGAUCACCGGGAAGGACCUAUCUUAACGUUCUAGCCAACAAUCUAAUAUCUUAUCUAAUUUCGACACUUUCCUUUUUUUACUUUGUACGUAUACCGUUGUAAGAUUGUGGCCCAAAGAAUAAUAUAUGAUGUAUAGUUUAAGUAAUAAAUGAGAAAUAUUAUUUACACACAUA